AUGCGUAUAAACAAGUUGCUGAAAUCACCCUUGCUGAACGCAAAAGAGCGCAGUUCACUAUUGGCUUACCAAAAUCAGCGUAAAAAACAUGACGCUUUCGAAGGAAAUUACAUUUACAAGCAGCCGCAAGGCUACGGACGUCUUUAUGUCGACGGCAUUGGGCACCAGAACCUGUCAAAAAAUAUCAGAACUUACAUCACAAACGGUUACUACACGGACAUCGAUGUUGUGAACUGUCAACCGACGCUGACUAGAUUUCUUUUCCAGCUUUUCCAUCUCCAAUGUCCGCCGGAUCUGGAGCGUUACUUGACAGAUAAGGGCGCCGUUCUAGCAGAAAAUGGGAUAACGGACAAGAAAGUGGUGAACAAGUAUUUAAACAAAAGCAAAAACGACGCACCGCACGCGUUUCUUAGAAAUAUCCACAAGGAGAUUUACGAGAAGCUUGUGCCGCGCCUUCAGGAGUCGCCGGAGUUUAAGCCGCUGUGGCAGUGGGUCGAAGCUUCCGACAAGAAAUACAACAAACGCGGCUCUUUUUUCUCGUACGUUGUGGCGAGUAUCGAGAAUCUUGUGCUUUCAGCAAUGCACUGCUUUUUUACGAGAGGGGGUUUUUCGCCAGACAGCCUGAUAUUCGACGGGAUGCUCGUAAAAGCCGACCCUCGAAUAAACGACGACCUGCUGAGGGAAUGCGAGCGUUUCAUCGAAAAGCAAGUGGGUGCACAGGUGCAACUCGCGGUCAAGCCAAUGGAAUGUACUGUGGAUUUUGACAAGGAAAUCACAGUUGACACAAGCAACAUUGUAAUAGAGGGUAAUAAAGAGCUGUCAAAGUUGAUAGAGGAAUCUCGGAGCGGCACUAGUGGACGGCUUGCUAUACUCGCCAUGUAUUUGAUGAAAGAGCGAUACAUUUGCAUUCGGCGCAGGCAGUGGUUUAAAUUCGAACAGCACAAGUGGACCGAGCUGGCAGGGUGCCCAAGCAUGGACGCAAUGGACUUGUUACUUUGUCCCAUUAAAGAGUGGUACGACGCACUGCUUGUGGAAUUGGAUCGCAUGCAGUGCGAAAGCGAGGAUGAAGCCGAAAGACGGUACUUAAAAACUCAGGUUGAAAGAGUGGAAAGGGAGAAAAGGAUGCGCGUCGAAGCGAUUGAAGACUCGGGGAUAAGGGUGAAAAUCAUGAAAGACUUAGAGGAUCUAAUGGACUCUUAUACAAAAGACGUCGUUUUUGACACAAAACCGUAUCUAUUGUGCUUUAAGAACGGGGUGUACGAUCUUUUACUAGACGAAUUGCGGGAUGGGUUGCCGGAAGAUUAUCUCACCAUCGGCGUGCCGUACGCUCUUCCUGACUCUAUGUGUCCUGACAUCGACGCAAAGCUCGACGCUUUGCUAGAAAGCAUCUUCCCUGAUAAGGAAGUUCUUCUAUACGUGAUGCUGACGCUUUGCACAUGUCUAGAAGGAAUCAAUCGGCACGAGCAAUACUGGACGUGGCUGGGCGUUGGUCGUAACGGCAAGGGUAUUCUCAAAGAUCUAACGCAGCACACGCUUGGAGAAGAGCUGUGCAAGUUUCCAAAGCCAACAAUUCUAACUACAAAACGGUGCGGGUCGAGCCAAGCGAACCCCGAGUUUGUCGACCUAAAAGGCGCACGAGCGGUAUUCGUUUCUGAGCCGUGUGUCGGGGAGAAAAUCAAAAGCGCAACCUUGCGUGAGCUUACCGGCAAUGAUAAAUCCCGGCAACGAGGGUUGUACGGUGCGCAGGAGACCGUGAGCCCUGAUUACAGCUUAUUUCUCUUGUGCAACGGACGUCCAGAGAUGGACGCCCCUGACACCGACGCGAUUUGGGAUAGGGAAAAUAGCGUCCAUUUUCCACACAAGUUUGUGGAAGAUCCAAAACUGCCUCACGAGCGCCUGACUGACAAGGGAUUGAAGCAAAAGCUCACAGAAUACGCGCCGUAUUUCAUGCUCAAACUUUUGCAAUGCUACAAGCAGUACAGGGAAAAUGGAUUCAAGUUGGAUGCGCCACAAGGUGUUUUAGCGGUGAGCCGAGAAUACCGGUUGGAAAACAACCCUGUCGAAAAGUUCUACCAGGAGCAAGUGGUAAAGGCGUCUGAGACAACUGCAAACGAAGGUUUUGAAGAGCUGGAGUCAAACAGCAUGCUGCUGCCGGUCUCUCGACUCUGGUCUUUGUUUGAAAGGUGGAGAAAGGACAACACUGUGGCGGCAAGUAUAUCGGAAAAUGGGUUCUAUCAGAAGCUAGCGAAAUUAGCCAAGUGUGAUGGUUUAAAACCCGUGAAAAGAAAAGUGGAUGGUGCAAGGGUUAUGUGCUACGAGUGUAUGGUUAUUAGGGAGUAUGAGUGGAGCGGCGUGGACAGCUGCUGGCGUUUAAAUUAG